CUUCUAAGGCCACUAUAUCGUGGCUAGAGACUCGAGUUAAAUUGAGCUAAAAUAUGAACAUAGAUGUGGUUGGACGACUUCGUCCUCCCAUCCGUGGGGAACCUAGUGGUAUAAACAUAGAGAUUGACAGUCACCAUAGAGUUGCAAGUAGACCAGGAGGAACAUACUUCAGUUUUCACAACAUACACAAGGAAACCAGCAGUACAUAUGAGGUUUACAAGGAGUCUGUCGAGCCUCUUAUUGACCUAUUCAUUGCUGGUUACAAUAUCUAGCCUUGUACCUCUCAUAUUUGACUCUAUAUUUUCUAAACUACCCACAUCUGAUUACUCGUAUGAUGAGGCUCAGAGUAAAGCCUCGGUGGUGUUCCAAAUGUAUGAACUAUUCAAUGAAUUGGUGAGAGAUCUGCUCCAGAUUCCCUCUGGCACUGGAACACCUCAGUAUCUGGAGUUAGAUGAGUCAGCGGAGAAAGGUGUCUUUGUUAAGCAUGGGAGUAGUGUAAAGGUGACAAAUGCCCCAGAAGGUGUUUCUCACUUCAGACAAGGCUGGGCUAGGAAGGUGCAAUCUCACACAGAUUUUGGCCCUGCACACAACCAUGCAACAAUUAUUUUGCAUCUUGACCUCACUAUGCGCACUGGUGACAGCCCCCUUCCACACAGGUCAAGGUUGACCAUAGUGAAGCUUGCAGGUUCUGAGAAGUUGUCAGAUGAAUCAAUUCAAUUACGUAUGAGAGAGGGACCAACAUUAAACAAGUCUGUCGUAGGAUUGAGUCAGUAUGUCGCUGCCUUGGCCAAUCAGCCUUACCCCGAUAGAAAUGUCAGCAGCUUUGAUGCAAAGUUGCCGAAUAUUCUAAAAGAUGAGAUUGGAGGUAACUGCAAGACGAGGGCUAUUGUUUGCUUGAAGCCGGACUCAGAUCCAAACAUUCUGACUGGGAUACUAAGAUUUUGUUCUCAGUUAUCCCAAGUUGUUAACUUCCCUGUAUUGAAUGACAGUUUCACUCAGCAACUAGUGACUCAGUUUAGAGCAAAGAUCCUGACUCUGAAGGGAGGUAUAGGUCUGGGGGCUGGCCUACCAAACACUUACCAGCUCGGAGAUGUCCAGGAUGAGCUCAGGAGAAUACAAACAGAAAAUUUGGAGCUCCGUGACAGGAAUGAGAGAUUACAUGAAAGAUUGGAGCAGGUACAAGGAAGAUUUGGCAACCUGGCUACCACUAAAACCGACCUGUCAUCCCAACUAUUGCUCUCAGAAGAGGAAAAAUUAAAGGUAUCUAAGACUCUCGUUGAUCUACAAAUUGAGAACAAUAAACUGAAGGAAGAACAUGAGAAGGACAAGUUUGAGUUGACAAAUAAGAUCCUUGCCUUGGAGAAUGAUCUUUUGGAGGUUGAACUUGAGCGAAACAAAUAUAAAAGUGAGUCACAUAAUGCCAAAGAGAGGCUUGCAGAAAUGGAAAAAGAUCGCAAAGAUCUUGCUGAUGAAUACGUUACAUUGAAGACAAAUUAUAUAGCCAUUAAUAAAGACCAUGAACAACAGAGUGCCAAACUUGAAGAGUUGAGCAUGGAACUACUGAACCUAGUCAAUGCCAAGGCAACACUUCUGCGACAGAUGGAAAACAUGGAAAGACUCCAUGGAAUAGAACAUGAGGACCCUGCGGAAGAAAUUGCCAGGGUCCGAGCAGUAGUCACCAGACUAUCAAAGAGACCUGGGAAAGAUGAACUAGUCAGUGAGCGGGACCGCCAGUCAGUACAGAUGAGUGUAUUUGGAGAUGAGAAGAGGUUUAAAGGCAAGAUGGACAAAAUCCAUAACCAAUAUGACAAACAGCAGAAAACUCUUGAAAACAAAGUAGCAACAACGAAGAAACACCUGAAUGAUGCAAGGAACCUAGCAAGAGAAAGGCAGACCACAAUAUCACAACUAAAUGCACAACUAAUCACAGCAAGGAGCAGCAGAGACCAACUGGAGUCAGAGAGGAACAGGUUGCAGCACAAACUGAAGGACAUCAAUGAGGAAUACAAGAGCAGACUGAACCAGUAUGUCAGAGACAUUGCAGAAUACAUUGAUAAGCCUGGAAGGGGACAGAAGUUUGGGGAAGAUGAAGGUGCAGCUAAAGAAAAACUUACGAAAUAUGUUCAUAGGAUGAUAAAAGAUCUGAGGACAGCUCAUAAACAUCGUGAAGAGCAGCUAAGCCAGGCUGUCCAAACCAUGAACAAACAGCUCCACCAGGUCAUUAAAAGGCACGAGGGAUUACUUAUUGCAUACAGAGAUCUUCGGCAACAGGUUGAUUCACUGGGUAUACACGACAUAGAACUGGGACCAGAUGAAAGUGAUUUGCAAAUGAAGGACAAAGAGCUCCAAUCUCGGCAAGAACAAGAAAUAUUCCGUCUCAAGGAUGAGCUAGAAAAAAUCAAAAGCAGUUAUGAAGCAACAAAACUUAGAUUGAAUGUUGGAUUCCAUGGAAAGGACAACCCUGCCUUGAAUUUAAAGAAUGCUUCAGAUUCCUCAAUAUCCACAGAGGGGAGGCAGGAAGAUACAUGGAACAGCUUACGGAAACAGCUGCGUGAGUUUACAUUGAACACGCAACAAGAGUUGGAAUCAGAGCGAGCAGAUCUCAUCAGUAAGAACACAAUGCUUGAAGAACAAGUGCACCAGUUACAGAGCUAUAUAGACACCCAACUUGCCAGGUAUGGAGGUGAAAGAACAAGAAGGAAAGGUUAUGCAAGGCCUUGACCCCGGGGCCUCGGCAUUACAUUGUGCAAUGGGACAGUCCUAUUAAAGUCCUAUUAUCAUUCCAUCUGCAGAUUGCUGAGCCAGACUAGCUUUGCUUUAAUACCACUAGGAAAUUCCUUUUCACCGAACAAUAUCAUUGAAAAGGAUUUUAGAAAAGGUGAAUUCAUUGUCAAAGUGGAUUCUAUUUUGAGAAUAUUUAUGUGCAUGUAUCUUCCAAUCAUAGAUUACUGAAUGUAUCUUCCAAUUAAAACAUUACUGAGAUCAAUGUGUUAAUAGGGAACACAUUUUAAUUCCCUAUGUGUUAGCAAUCUGUCAAUUUCAAAUACAUUCAAUUACCCAUGUUUUAGCACAU